AUGAAGUGGGCUUCCUCCCUCCAGGUCCUGCUCCUACUGCUGCUGGGAGCAGCCGGGACCCUGGCAUCUGAAGGUAAGGAAGCCGCAGAAACCCCCUGUGCCUACCCCUCCAUAACCCCGCUCCCCGGCUCCUCGUCGAGGUUUGCCGGGGCGGGGCGGGUGGAGCAAGACCCAGGGAAGGUCUUGGAUCCGGAGUCUGUAGGGGGCCAUGUUGGUACAGACCCCCGGGUGGUUGGGCAGGGCACAGCCCUUGUUCCAGCGUCCCACAACCACGGGGACCCCACGCCCAGACUUCGCACAAGUCUCACCUCGGGCUCUAAGAGAGAGGGCGGCGGGGAUGAGCGCUCCUGGGCUGGAGGGGGAGCUGGUUUAUUUAGACCUAGCGCCCCGUCACGCAGGAAGGCGCUGCCCGCUGAGUACCGCGUGCGCCUCGGGGCGCUGCACCUGGGUCCCAGCUCGCCCCCUGCUCUCCUGGCGCCCGUGCGGAGGGUGCUGCUGCCCCCGGACUACUCGGAGGACGGGGCCCGCGGGGACCUGGCGUUGCUGCUGCUGCGCCGCCCAGCACCCCUGAGCACCCGAGUCCAGCCCGUCUGCCUGCCCGAGCCUGGGGCCCGCCCACCUCCUGGCACACCCUGCUGGGUCACUGGCUGGGGCAGCCUUCGCCCAGGAGUGCCGCUCCCGGAGUGGCGACCCUUGCAGGGAGUGAGGGUGCCACUGCUGGACGCUCGCACCUGUGACCACCUCUACCACCAGGGCACCAACGUGCCCCGGGUCGAGCACAUAGUACUGCCAGGGAGCCUGUGCGCCGGCUACGUUGGGGGCCAGAAGGAUGCCUGCCAGGGUGACUCUGGAGGACCCCUGGUCUGCAUGAAGUCUGGGCGCUGGGUCCUGGUGGGUGUGGUGAGCUGGGGCAAGGGCUGUGCCCUGCCCAACCGUCCAGGGGUCUAUACCAAUGUGGCCACCUACAGCCCUUGGAUUCAGGCUCACCUCAACAUCUGAUGCAGUGACUGACCUGAAGCCAGACUCUGGGGACCCUCGGCUGCCCAGUCUGUCUGGGGACCGACACAUCCCUCACCCUUCUGACCGAAGGCUCAGAGGCCUGAUAAAGCCAAGGAGCCACCCAUCCAUCCAUUCGUCUGUCUGUCCCCGGCAUCCUCCAUGGAGCUCACCAAAUGCAAGUUGCCAACCCUCCUCUAGGAGCCUCCCGUGUGUCUAGGGGUCUCACAUGCCCUCUGUUCCCUUCCUGCUGUUAUUCACCCGCCCUGAACUCCAGCCAAGGCACCCAGAGACAGGCAAGUGAGUCAGUGCUGGGUCUGGUCUGUGUGCCUCUCUUUUCCGGAAGGAGUCAGAGAGAUUCAAACGUGACCAGGACCCAACCCCAAGGAGACGAUCGUCCUUUGCUAGCUUUGAAGGUGGAGGGGCCACAUAGCGAGGAGCCGAGGGUGGCCCCUGGCAGACAGCCAGUGGGAAGAGGAGCGCCUCGGCACAACAGCUGCACGGGACCAAAUUUGGCCAAUAACCUGAACAGGCUUGGAGGCCAACAACUCCUCCCCCAGCCUGCGGACCAGAGACCUGACAGUCUAUUCCCUUGA